GGUCAGCCUGGCCUACCUGUAGACCAGAUUUCAGGACAGAUAGGGCUACACAGAGAAACCAGGUCUCAAAAAACAAACAAACUGUAUGGGCCAGCCAAAGAAACACACCCUGACCCUGAAACCAGAGCUAAAGAAACACAUUUUGACCUUAGAAUCAGUGCCAGUGAAAGAAAUAUGUCCUGGCCCUGAAAUUAGAGCCAAAAGGCUAAAAAGGGCCAGUGAAAGAAACACUUUGGCUCUGAAACCAGAGCCAAAUCUACCCCUAAGCAACUAAGCAGAAAACAAACCAAUCCCUGAGCAGAGAUCUAGCCAGUCUGAGCUCAAGGGACUGAAAUCUGACCAAUUCCCAGCCUGAAAAUCUCCCUGGAAAAACUCUGCCUCUGAGAAGCCCUACAUAAGCUCUGCACCCGCUGACUUUGCUGCUGUCUUCUGACCCCGGCAGAGGCAGCCGGCAACCGCUCUCCAGGACUCUUCCCUCUUGAACGAUGCUUGGGUGAGACCUCCCUUUACAGGAAUGGAGCGCACGAGAGAAGUAACAACUUUUGCCCGCAGCAGAGCAGAACUAUACUCCCCCACUUCCACUGGGGUUUCUGCUAGGCACAGUUGUUAUACGGGGGAGGGGAGGGGAACAGAGUAGAUCUGUAACAACUUCGCCGGGGAAACCCUCUCCUGACGGAGGCGCAGAGCUGUUAGAUUGGGGAAACCUUUCCCUGGGGCAGGGCUGUAACCUGCUCUGCCUACCGUGACCACCUGUGCUUGGUUCCCAAUUGCCAGAAUACUUUUCCAUCCAAGCCAUAAUACUUAGCAUUCCUUGGCUCCCAACUGCCAGGAUCCCUUUCUAUCUGAGCUGCAAUGCUUACACAAACAAACAAACAAAAAGACUGAAAAGGCAACAUGAACCUAGAUACUAAGAUGGAAAUAUUUAAUACAUUAGAGAGAUAAAAAGGCAUAUGUGGGGGAAAUAAAAUAUAAAAUAAAAUGGAAAUAAUUAAAACAAGAUUUCAAAACUAAAGAUUAAAAUGUUAGUUUAAAUAUAUUAUUUUAAAUAUUACUAGAAUGCCAGUUUUGCUCUUGUUUUGUUUUGAGACAAGGUUUCUCUAUAGCUUUGGAGCCCGUCCUGGAACUAGCUCUAUAGACCAGGCUGUCCUUGAACUCACAGAGAUCCUCCUGCCUCUCCCUCCUGAGUGCUGGGAUCAAUGUUAUAUUUUAUAAUAUAUGGCCACGCCUGGUCAUAUAUAUUAACAACUACCGCCUCCCGCAUCAAAUGUGCACCUCUACGGCACCGAUUACAGUCUUCCAGUCUAGUUCCUAGGCUCCUUUACCUGAGGUCCCCGAGGUUUCCGCCGCGCAGGCAGCGAUCUAGCCAGCCCGCCGGCCGCGAGGACCCACAGCCAAGAUGGCGGCGUCCGCCAUGCAGGCGCACCGUCUCCUGCGGUUCCCCGUGGCUGUGGGGCCUAGGUCCUGUAACUACCGUGCGCCGCCACCCCCGCGCCGCCACCCCGAGCCCCAUUGGCCAGACCCGGAGAACCCGCUGAGCCCACGAUGGCAACUAGGGCCGCGGUACGCGGCCAAGCAGUUCGCGCGGUACGGCGCUAAGUCCGGGGUGGCCCCCGCCUCCCUGUGGCCGUCCCCGGAGCAGCUGCGCGAGUUGGAGGCGGAGGAGCGAGAAUGGUACCCGAGUUUAGCGACCAUGCAAGAGUCGCUGCGCACGAAGCAGCAGGCCGAGGAGGCAAAGCGUCGUGCCAGGUGCGUUAUGGGGGCAGGUAACCCACGGCCCCGAAACCACGAAUCCUCCGUUGGAGGCAUGCGGUGCCCUUGUGGUGUAGGGUUAACAUACAUGUUCACCUGGCUGAAAAACAAAACUUCUGGCCGGGCGGUGGUGGCACACGCCUUUAAUUCCAGCAGCUGGGAGACAGAGACAGGUGGAUCUCUGUGAGUUCGAAGCCCGCCUGGUCUACUGCGCGAGUUCCAGAAAGGCUCCAAAGCUACAGAGAAACCCUGUAUCGAAAAACCAAACCAACCCCUCCCCCAACUGCUAGGUAAAUUCUUGUAGUCAUUCAGCUGCAGUUCUUGUGUUACUUUCCCCUUCCUUUACUACUGAGCUGUAUCACUAGCCCGCCUUAUAUAUACAUAAGGUCGCACUGUUAACCAUAACUCGUUAUGUUUCCAGACUGGCACUGUAUCUAGAAUCCAUCUACCUUUACCUUCCGUGUAUCUGAGAUUACAGGCCUGUACCAGGCCCAGCCUCAACUAUUUUAUCUUUACUAACAUUCUGUGCAAGAAUCGGAGGAUCCCACAAUGGGAAACAAAACAGACAAGAAUUUCACAUGACAAGGGGCCCUCAGAAGGACAAAACACGGUUAAGAGUGCAUGCUGGAGCCCGGCGAUGAUGGUGCAAGCCCAGCACUCGGGAGACAGAGGCAGGUGGAUCUCUGAGUUCGAGUCCAGCCUGGUCUACAAGAGCUAGUUCCAGGACAGGCUCUAAAGCUACAGAGAAAUAUUGUCUUGGAAAAAAAAGUGCAUGCUGGGGUCAAGCAGUAGUAGUGCACGCCCUUAACGCCAGCAUUCGGGAAGAGGCAGGUGGAUCUCAGGUGGAUCACCAGCAACUACAUGGUGUAAUGAGA